AUGGCAAAUCCUACAACUCGUCAUGUAAUCAUUGACAUAACCGCAACAACAGCAAAUUCAAAUUCUGAAGCUUCUCCUCCUCCUUCUGUUGAUGUUGUUUCUACUCAAUCUUCAAAUUCUAGAUUAAGAAGAGGCGACGAUAAUUCAUUAGGACGUGUUUCCCGGACUCCAUUGAGUUCAGGCUUUUGUGUUUCUUUGGAAUUUGUUUUUACUUUUACUCAGAUUAUUGCUUCUGUUAUUGUUCUUAAUUCCUCGAGAAAUGAACAUCCACGUGCUCCCUUGUUUGCUUGGAUUGUUGGUUAUGCUUCUGGAUGUGUUGUUUCGCUUCCUUUGUUGUUGUGGAGAUAUUUUGCUAGGGGAGAUUCCGACUCUCGAACCUCCACCACGGUUGAUGAUCCUUCCGGGAUUCUUCUUUCGAAUUCGAGUACAAUACUUGGGGAAGAAGAUGUUGUUCCUAUUUCAUCCAAUGUUUCAUCCAAUCAAGCUUCGUCGGUAUUCACCAAUAUGAGAACCAAGAUACUUAUGGAAUACAUCAAAAUCGUCCUAGAUUUAUUUUUUGCAUCAUGGUUUAUUGUUGGAAUCAUAUGGAUAUUUGGAGGGCAUUCAUCCGCUAAUGAAGCUCCAAACUUAUACCGGUUAUGUGUAGUGUUUAUUACUUUUAGCUGCAUCGGUUACGCAUUGCCCUUCAUUCUAUGCUUAACAAUCUGCUGCUGUCUUCCUUGUAUAAUUUCCACUCUUGGGGUCAACGAAGAUCUCGUACAAACCAGAGGUGCAACCUCUGAGUGCAUUGAUGCUUUACCAACUCACAAAUUCAAAUUGAAUAAAAGCAAAAGUAUAGACGAAAACACUCCGGCUGUUAUUGAAGGUGGAGUUGUUUCUGGAGGAACCGAAAAGGAACGCGUGAUCUCCGGAGAAGAUGCAGUUUGUUGCAUAUGCAUAGCGAACUACGAAAACAACGAUGAUUUGAGAGAAUUGCCUUGUUCACAUCUUUUCCACAAAGAUUGCGUAGACAGGUGGUUAAAGAUAAAUGCAUUAUGCCCCCUUUGCAAGAGGGAAGUUGGCGGGAAUGAAACAGAACCAGUCAUCGAGGAAAAUGCCAGCCAACAAAGGGGCGAGACCGGGUUUGAGAAUAGUCCUGCCAAUACCUUGUCAUAA